CCUCUCCCUCUCCCUCUCUGUCCUGAGAGAUGCACCGCCGAGGGGUGGGAGCGGGAGCCAUCGCCAAAAAGAAACUCACUGAAGCAAGGUACAAAGAGAGAGGAACGGAGUUGGCUGAGGAUCAGCUGAUUCAGAUGUCAAAGCAGCUGGAGAUGUUCAAGACCCACCUGGAGGAGUUUGCCAGGAAACACAAGCAGGAGAUUCGCAAAAGCUCGCAGUUUCGGGUUCAGUUCCAGGAUAUGUGUGCGACGAUCGGAGUGGAUCCUUUAGCAUCCGGCAAAGGAUUUUGGUCUGAAAUGCUAGGAGUUGGAGAUUUUUACUACGAGCUGGGAGUGCAAAUCAUUGAGGUCUGUCUGGCUUUGAAGCACAGAAAUGGAGGGCUGAUUACACUGGAGGAGCUGCACCAGCGGGUGCUGAAAGGACGAGGGAAGCUGGCGCAGGACGUGAGCCAGGAUGACCUGAUCCGAGCGAUCAAGAAGCUGAAAGCCUUGGGCAACGGGUUCAGCAUGAUUCCGGUUGGAGGCACGUACCUGGUGCAGUCGGUCCCUGCUGAGCUGAACAUGGAUCACACUGUGGUCCUGCAGAUAGCGGAGAAAAAUGGAUAUGUGACGGUCAGUGAAAUCAAAGCGAGCCUGAAGUGGGAGACUGAGCGAGCUAACCACGUGCUGGAACACCUGUUGAAGGAAGGUCUGGCCUGGAUCGACAGACAAUCCUCUGAGGAGCCCCAGUAUUGGCUGCCGGCUCUGUUUUCGGAACUUUAUUCCCGGGAUGUCUCUCCGGAAGAGGUUGACGAAAGAUCGCCAUGAUAAUACCCCUCUUCCUACCAGGGGAGAGGGGGCUUUCUGUGUUCUAUUCCAGACCCAGGGUAAUUUCCGGGUGUUGGUGGAUACUCUUUAAACACGGUGAUGGGUUUCUGUACGUAUCAGACACUUGUCAGCCAUUGCAGUUCUGGUAUCUGAAUAUUCAAAGUAUUGUAAAACCGCAAGAGAAUUCCGAACUUGAAGUAUUUUUUGACCUGUGUUGUUUGUGAGGGAACUUUUUACCGUCACUGGUCUCAGGUGGCAAGUCAUCACCGCUCCGCAUUUCAAACAGCUUGUGCCCAGGGACAGCGAUCGGUGAACUGGUGACGGGGUUAGAACGGGUUAGAGAGAGACUGGGGAGGGGGGGGCAAAAGUUGCCUGACAUUCGCAUUGAGAAGCGGUGGUCAGGUGCUAUUUCACUCCAGUUUGGGGGACAGUCAUUGAAUCGGGAAUAUAUCGACGUGGGUCGGUUAACAAAUUGAGCGCAGUUGCAUUUAGAAUCGAAAAGGGAUGAUGAUGGAGGGUGUUGUAGCACACGAUGAGGGUGUCGCUCGCCUGACAUGACCUGCAAUUCAUUUUCAGUUCAAUUACAAAUCCUAGAGGCCGAGAGA